CUCGCGCCUUCAUCCUAAACCUCAACAACUCGCGCCAGCGCGGCGACAAGGUCGGUUCACGAUACCGUGACAUGCGCUCCGCCCGCGAAAACUCAUUUAUGUGCCGGUCUCCAGUUUAACUGGCGAAUCAGGAGCGGCAUUUUGACCAGUUUGGAUGAGCGGUGACCGCAUUCUGAGCAGUAACAGCCGCCGAUAUGGAGGCGUUACUCGGCGCCAGCCCGUCGAACCCUUCGUGCGGCUCAAUUGCCGACCUGCAGGGCCAACUGCGCGAUCUACUAAGCAGCCGCGUAACUGAGACGCGGGCCGAACACGUCUCGGUAACCUUUGAAAUCCGAGCGACAACGGUUUUCGACCUUCCGGUCACAGAGAACGAGAACGAUGCGCUCGAGAACGCGUCGAACAUCGAUCCGCUGCUGGGUGGGGCCCGGUCCAGCGCCGCACCUGCUGUAGACGGGAACGGAGGACAGCCGAGGCGCCGAAUCAAUGCCAUUGACGCGCUGAUCAACCAGCCCGCGGACGACGCCGGCCUGCAGACAACUAUCACGAGGCACAUCAUUGCAUCUCUCGGCGAGGUCGACGGGAGCAAGUGGACAGUCCGCCAGGUCUCACGGAAUGAACAUGGCUGGACCUUCAUCUAUGUCUGCAAUGAUUCCUGGGAAGCAUGGAAUCGCCAAGCGGCAAAGACACCUGCGAAGACAGUCAUUGGGGAGUGGAGCAAGGACGGCGGCCAGGACCCAGUUCACUUGGCUCGUCCGGCCUUCGAUUGCCGAGGUUCCGUUAAGAUAGCCUUUGUCAAGUCGACAAAGACCAUCGAUGUGAAAUAUGAGCAUACACCGAUGCAUAAGACCGUUGGCCAGCUGAUUGAACUUCUUGCGCCACCACCGCCGCCACCAGUUGAGCCUCUCGUCAGGACCCCGGCGAGGGGCUUAAGGCAGGUGAAGCCAGCAAAGGGCCCUGGCCAACCGAGAGAACAAAAGCCAAAGACGCCAAGAUCCCAGAGGAAGCGGACGGGAGAAAAUGGCGUUCCAGAUGGCGAGGGUUCGCAGCCAAAGAAGAGGCGCAAGAAGCAAGAUGCCACGACCUUACCCGGCGCGGGCGUCAUCGUAGUUCCUCCGGAGAUGCCCGGAGCUCUAUCCGUAGGUGAUGCCUCAGCGCGGCAACUGUAUAACACCCAAGCAGAGACAGCCGAGGCUGCCCGACCAAGCGGCUCGAGCAGUUAUCCCGAAGGUCUUGUGGGCGCCACUGCUCAGAACGGGUCAGCUGCCCCUGAUCAUGGCGAGGUCCACUCGUCCAUCCUCCAACUUCCUCCAGGGGAGGCUGCAAGGCGCAGGGACGUGGCCAUCAAACUGCUCAAUGACAACAACAUCGACCCAAAGACUCUAUCAUCGGAGCAAUUCAACAUCUUUGCGAACCAGUCUCCAGAGUUGCAACAAGACUCUUUGGCCAUGCUCAUUAAGUAUGGGGCUGAGCGACUGCGCAUAGUGCAUCCCAAUAGAGCUGGGUCGAGCUCUGCUCAGUCGACGCCUAACAAGCACAGCACCUCGGGUGCGGCAGGAGGGUCGCCACAGUCGGCCAAGCCGAAGAAGUCGCGAAAGUCGGACGUUGGAGCCGACGCGGCAGAAGGGACUAAAUGGAAACGCAUGUGUGACAACUGUCGCGCCAAGAAGUACAAGGGCAAGUGUGACAAAGCACGUCCGUCUUGCUCCAUGUGUCUCGUCGAGGGGUUCCAGUGCGUCUACUCUGCUGCGCCGCCCAGGCGUAGUAAAGCCGUGGAAGCAGCUCCAAUGGUUCCUACGCCAGCAGACACACAGCAGAUGCCGAACGAUGCAGCGGCGGAGGAUUCAGCGUCCCCGGGCCUCCAUAGUCAUCCGGCAGGUCAGCCGGCUCAUGAAUCGGUAGACAACUCUGUAAACGACUCUUCGCAAUUCCACGAGCAGUUCAGCGAGCACCAUCUCCAAGAGACGGUCAAUAUGCCGGUUUCGGAAUCAGCGCCCCAUCAAAUGGAGCAGCCUUCGGCCGAGUUCAACCGGACCAGUUCGAUCUAUGAACAUUCCUCUGGCCUCAGCUUUCCUCAGGUCAGUGCGGCUACGAGCACAGAACCGCUUCAGCCCAGCCUGCCACCUGCGAACAUGGAAUCCAUUUCGGUGGAUUACAUGCCGAACUCGAUCUCGGAGGCUCCAUUGCAAAGCUUCACACACCCCCAACCUUCGUCAACGCAUCAAGCGAACCCGGGGUACGGAGAUUGGGGAGACCAAGCGUCAACGGCGAGACGCGGCCUUCCGGCCAGCCAAGCUUCUCAAGGAACCGGGACGGGCAGCACGCCCAUGAACGCUGAAGGCAGCUGGCAAGCCAUGUCUGGGGCUGCUAGCCAAGCUGAAUCCGCAACCAGACCUGCCGCAGUCUCGCAGGCAUACGAUAAUCAGCAGCGGCAAACCCAGACUUGGGCGAAUACGAACCAAUCUUCGCCGCGUCAGGCUGCCGCUCAGAGCCGUACGCCAGUCAAUAGCAUGGCGGCGGCCGGGCAGGCCCAACCUCAAGGUGGUCAGUCUGUGGACAAGGCUAGUGAACAUACUCAAGCUGAGCAAACACCCACCCAGCCGACGGCCUACCCAUCCUUUGGUAGUUAUGGUGCCCGUGUUCCGGAUGCUGCAUCAUCUAGUACAUCUACGACCGCGUCGCAGAACGUGGCGGCGUCGUACCCCUCAACUUCGGGAAUUCCGUCAAGCGCAAGUGCCCGCGCCUACAACGCCGCGCAGCCGGCCUCUUCCGGCAACACUUCCUACAAUAGGCCGUCCAACACUUCGCAGUCGCAGCCACUGCAGGGUUUCAAUAGGCAGCAACAGCAGAGCUACGGUGGCUACCUGAACAAUGUCAGCCAGCAGCAGCAGCACAGCCACAGCAACAGCAACCAGCCGAGCUGGUACGGCUUCCCGGUUGGGGCGAGCAACGCCGCAUCUGGCUACAACUCGGCGACUACUGCUCCCGGCGGUAAUAGUGGGCGGUCCAUGAAUCUGCAAGGGCACACAUACAGCAGCUUGAACAACGCCCAGUCGCUGCAUGAUCCGUAUAGGACCAACCCGGCUGGGUAG